AUGUCUGCGUAUUUCUUUCCCUUUCUCCUCUCCAUCCCCCUUCGCCUUCUCUAUCCCUCUGUACCGAUUCCCGCCACUGCAGCCGCUCUAACCGCCUGCGAAUCACGUGCAACGCUGCUUCGCCAGGCGCGCAGCCCGCGGAAGACCCCUACCAGAACGGCGCACAAGAAGAAGCUGCGGGACACAGAGGACAAGAGGGACGAGGCGGAAAUAGAGCGGAUCGACAAGGCAUACGAUGCCAUCAUGAUGCGCCAGCUCACCAUGCGCAAGAAGGGCGUCACAUAUGGCUCUCUCGAGGUGUCAAAGGACAUCAAGUUUGCCGACCAGACAAACUUCCUCCCAUGGCUGCCGCGCUACGAGAAGGCGGACAACAAGGGCAUCCUCAUUAAUGCUGCUGUCUCUGCCGUCAUGGCGGUGUGGAUGGUGGGGGCGCAGAGCACGGACUGGAAGAUCCUGCAGUUCCUCCUCUCCUUCUACAUCUUCCAGCUCUUCAUGAAGCUUGACCCCUUCUACCCGCAAAACACUGGAGGGGGAACUAUGGCGGAGGCAUCAGAGCGCGCACCUGGGAACCCGUGGCUGCACGUGCGACGAGAACCGUUCGAUUUCGGCCUCCUGCCUAUCCCCGCGAUCGCAUCGUACAAGGAAGCGUCCACUGAAACCCUAAAGCUCCUCCGUCAGCGCCUCAUCGACGCGUCUUUAAACUCCGAAGGCGCCUCGACCACCUCCCCGACUCGCGACGGCUCGCAAGAGCCACGUGUCACAUGCGAGGCGAUAGAAUCGUGCCUGAAGCUCUCUAAAGACCAAGCGCGGCUCGUUCUAGACACGCUAGCGUCCGUUCUCCUCACCGGCAGCGAAGACAUCGAUUCGCUCUCCGACGCGUCGCCGUCAGAUGCGGCGAAGAUCGGAACGGACGUGGACCUGCUGUUGCUCUUCCUCUUCCUCCAGCGGUACCGCCGCGUUCCCAACCGCUCGUCGCGCGACGCUGCUGUGCUCGCGGACGUGUGGCCGCAGGGGCCGUCGCCGUUCGACUCUGUCUCCCCCACCGCUACCUCCGCCCUCCAGAUAAAGACAAGCCUGGCCACCCGGCAGCGGUUCCAAACGGGGCAUGCGGAGGAGGAGCAGCAGCAGCUGUCGUUUCUGCAGAAGAACCUUCCCGCCGUGCUACAGCUGCUGGCGGAGCAUGGCUCUGAUGCUGCUGGUAGUGGCGACGGCACGGAACCCGGCACACAAGUCAUCUCUAUCGACAAGUUCGAGUUGCUCGGUCUCUUCCUUCGGGUCAACCGACCCGGAGUCUCCUCCCUCCUCCUAUCCCAAGUCGCUCCUUUCUUUGCCGAAGCUGACGCGGCCAUGCCUCCUGCGCCCGUACCUCUCUCCGUGGCUCAAGACUGGCUCGGCCCGAGGCUCUGCUGCACGUCCGACCACGGCCCGGACCUAAGGCCGCAGUCCCCCUCCCGCCCCGCCAAGGUCCCCGCGGAUAGGGGCGGAGAUUCCGCCGCCUCCCCCACCAAAAGCGGAGAUACGCCCAUGGGGGAAGGGGGAGCAGUUGCGGGGAGCGGGGCAGGCGCAGGGGCGGAGGUUCAGGGAUCGCCUAGAGGGGCCGCGGCCAAUGGGGCGAUGACAGGUGGCGUGCUGUCGCGGCGUGUGUGGGCGGCGGCAGGGAUGACGACCGUUGAUGGGGUUGCGAAGAUGUCGGUUCUCAAGGGGGAGACGGAGGUUGACAGCAGCUGCGUGCGGGUGGCGCACUGUCACGACAGUGUGAUCUACGUGCUCGCGCCUCUCAAGUACGCCUCCGUUAUUGGCUGCUCCGAUUCCAUUGUGGUGCUGGGCGCCGUGGGCAAGGUGGUGCGAGUGGAAGCCUGUGAACGCCUGACCCUCAUCGCCCCGUGUGCGCGCAUCCGCAUAGCCAACUGCCGCGAGUGCGUGUUCUACCUCGGCUGCAACUCCCGCCCCGUCAUUCUCGGAGACAACCACUCCCUCCAAAUCGCCCCUUACAACACCUUCUACCCCCGCCUCGACUACCACCUCGCAAAGGUCGGGGUGGACCCUGCUGUGAACAAAUGGGACCUGCCGUUAGCGCUGGGAUCGCUAGAUGCUGCUGCUGCCGCUGGUGCUGCCGGUGCUGGUACUGCUGCUGGUGGCGCUGGUGGUUCGGCUGGUGCUGGGGGGGCGGGUGGAGUGGAAGGGGAGGGGGCGAAGGAGGGAGCGGCGGCCGCGGCGCUUGAUUCGGCGAUUCUGAUGCCUCCUGAGAAGUUUGUGCCGUUUGUGGUUCCGUUCCGGACGCAGCAGGAGCAGCCAGGCGGAGGGGGAGGUGCCAGUCCACUGCUGCAGCAGGCCACGCAGUUUCCUUGUAUGGAAAGGGAAUCAAGCUUAUCACAUCCCCACACCUCCCUUGUUGCCAUCACACCAGGUUCCAUUUCGGACGCAGCAGGAGCAGCCGGGCGGAGGAGGCGGUGCCAGUCCGCUGCUGCAGCAGGCCACGCGGGCCAACCCAUUUGCUCUGCCCAAGACAUACCUCAUCGCCCUGCAGCACAAGACCAAGACGGUGGAGAGUCUGAGGCAGACGCUCAAGACAGCGGUGCUCGACGAGGGGCGGAAGAGGGAGCUGACAAACGUCAUCCAGGCACACUUCAAGGAGUGGCUCCUCACAUCGGGCAACAUUCGGCAGGUAACCUGUCCUCCAAGGCGUCUUUCUCCACCACCAAGGCGUCUUGCUUCGUGAAGCAGGUGUCUGCCAAGACCGUCUGCUCCGCGGAGAAGAAGGAGGAGAACGUUACCGAGCAGGCUGGCAAGAUCGCCUCUGCCCUCGCCCUUGCUGCCAUCGUCAGCACCGGUGCCUUGGCCGUUCCCGAGGUCGCACUCGCCGAUGUCGCUGGCCUUACCCCCUGCAAGGACUCCAAGGCCUUCGCUAAGCGCCAGAAGAACUCCAUCAAGAAGCUGAAGAACCGCCUCAAGCUCUACAAGGACGGCUCCGCCCCCGCUCUGGCUCUCAAGGCCACCAUUGAGAGGACCGAGCGCCGGUUCUCUUUCUACGGCAAGUCCGGCCUGCUGUGCGGCACCGACGGUCUUCCCCACCUGAUCGUCGAUGGUGACUUCAGGCACGCGGGCGAGUUCGUGUCCCCCGGCAUCGUCUUCCUGUACAUUGCUGGCUGGAUCGGGUGGGUCGGCCGCUCUUACCUGAUCAAGACCAAGGAGGGAGCCAAGCCCACCGAGAAGGAGAUCAUCAUCGAUGUUCCCCUCGCUCUCAGCCUGCUCGGCCGUGGUGCUACCUGGCCCGUGGCUGCCUGGUCCGAGUACAGGAAGGGUGACCUGAUUGUGUCCGCUGACCAGAUCACCGUGUCCCCCCGUUAA